AUGGAAGAGAUCGAGAGACGCUUCCAGGCGCUCGAGGGAGCGUUGCAGGCUGCAGAACAACGGCCGAAGGCGUUCGGAGGCAACGAGGACGAGUGGCCAGGGUGGAGCUUCAAGAUGCUCGCAUACCUCGGAGCUCUCGACGAGCAGAUGGCCAACGAGCUGACGGCGGCCAUGACGUUCCCGCUGGAGGAAGUGAGGAACGCGAGACUCCUGGAGGAGGGAGCGAGUCAGCGCAGUCGCCAGCUGUACUUCAUCCUCGUCCUGCUGCUGGAAGGAGCCGCACUACAGCUCAUCAAGCCAGUCGGCGUCGGAGAAGGGUAUCGGGCGUGGAGGACGUUGCAAGACAUGUACGAGCCCGACAGACCAGGUCGCCAUGCAGGACUGCUGCAAGAGCUGAUCGCGUUCCAGUUCCCAGAGGACAACAUCGUGGGGAUGCUGGCGGACUUCGACUUCAAAGUCACGAAGUACGAGAGCCAGAGCCACGAGAGGAUUGGGGACAGGAUCAAGAUGGCGAUCCUUCAGCGGGGGAUUCAGGACGAGGCUCUUCGAGCGCACCUGGUCCACAACGCGUCGAGGCUAGUCACGUGGGAGCUCAUGCGCAACGAAGUGCACAUGGUGAUCUCGACGAGGAGCGCCAUCUCAGCAGUGCCGCCACCAGUUCCGAUGGACACGAGCGCGGUGGAGAAGGCGAGGCGCGAGGCGGCGUGGAAGGGCAAAGGAAAGAAGGGCAAGGAAGGCAAGGGCAGGAAGGGCAAGGGCGGCGACAACUCCACGGACCAGAAGAUGAUGGCGAUCGCAACCGAGAGCGGGGCAGAGCCAUUGUGGUGCCUCGCGAUCGAGCUGGGAGAAGGGCAAGAAUCAUCAUCGAGUGGAGCAGCAGCGACGCCCUCAGCACCAGCAACGACAGCGAUCCACCGUCGUUCGAGCGGGCCGUCAGACGAGCACGCGCAGCCGAGGCGGCCAUCCUUGGUCGGAGCCAGCCCGAUCGAGCGGCUGAGCCCGCCAGAGGCGUCAAACGAGCACGCGCAGCCGAGGCAGCCAUUCUUGGUCGGGGCCAGCCCGAUCGAGCAGCUGAGUCAGCCAGGGGCAGCAAACGGGCACGAGACGUUCGAGAGCAAGGAGAUCGUCGGUAUCAAUGAGCACUGGGUCAUGGUGGAUUCGGGUGCUGCGCGAUCGGUGUGUCCGCCGAGUCACGGGGCCCACGAGACACUCAGAGACCUGAGCGAGCGCAUCAGGCUGGUCGGAGCGAGCGGCGACGACAUCCCGUGCCACGGCGAGCGCUUCGUCACGUACGCGAAGGGCGGGCACAAGAUCGGGGUGGACUACAAGGUCGCCGACGUCAAGAGGCCGGUGCUGGGCGUGUCGCAGGCGGUCGACAAGGGCACGUCGUGGGUAUUCACGCCGAGCGGGAGCUACAUGAUCCCGAAGCCGAUCGAGUUCUCGGACCCAGACGCCGUGCCGCUGGUCAGACGCAACGACUUGUUCUACCUCAAGAUGGACAGGUACGGUGAAGGCGUCAAGAACUCGCUCGUCAUGCCGCCAGCAGCGCAGGCAGUGCUCGAGGAGUCCGUGCCAGUUCGAGUCAAGAAGGAUCCAGUGAAGCCAAGCCUGGCCGAGCAGAGGACGCACGAGCUGGUGCACAUCCCUGCGAGGUCCUGGUGUUGGGUGUGCGUCAGAUCCAAGUUCACGGACGACCCGCACUACAAGGACGGGCACGAGCGCACAGGCGACGAGGUCCAGAUCGACUACUACUUCCUGGGCCAGCUGAGCAUCCUCAACAUGGUGCAUAUGAACUCCCAGGCUAUUCAUGGCAUCAUGGGGCCGAAGGGUACCGACGCCUACAUGGUCAAGACAGCGGUCGCCACCAUCGAGAACUGGGGGCUGGAUCGCAUCGUGCUGAAGCACGACCAGGAGGCGUCGAUCACGGCCCUGGCGAGGGAGAUCAAGGCUCAGCGGAAGGCGCCCACGAUGAUCGAGUCGGCUCAGCGGGCUAACCAUCAGGGAGUUGGUGGAGUGGAGCGCGCCAACGAGGAGCUCGGCAAGCAGAUCAGGGCGCUACUGUUCUCGGUGGGUGACAACUACAAGCGGGAGCUCCCAGCCGAGCAUGGGCUUCUGCCUUGGCUCAUUCGGCACGCUGGCUGGCAGCUCAACCGCUUCACGGUGCACGGCAACGGCAAGACGACCUACGAGGUGCUCAAGGGGAGGCCAUAUCGGGGCGAGCUCGUCAACUUCGCGGAGUGCGUUUGGGCGAGGGACCCCACGCCGACCUCCAAGCUGCAGCCUCGGUGGCACGCGGCGGUGUGGCUGGGCAAGACAGAGGUUUCGGACGAGCACCUGGUGGCGGGUCCGACGCGCACGACAAGGGUACGCACGGUGAGACGGCGACCGGAGGGCGAGCGGUUCGUGCUGGAGGAGCUGGACAAGUUCGCUGGGGCGCCGUGGGACAUGCACCGGGCUCCACAGAUCGGCAUCGUGCCGACGGGAGCGCCCCAGGUGGAGCCGAACCAGCAGCGGCUGAUGCCGCCACCUCCACCACCGCCGGUGUCCUUACCGGCUGCGGGCCCGGAGGCGCUGGUGCCACCAGCGAUGGUCGGGCCGGCGCCGCCCGCGGGGCCAGGAGGCGCAGGGCUGAGGUCGACGUACAUCACGAGGGCGUUGAUCGACAAGUACGGUUGGACUCCCAUGUGCCCGAGGUGCGUCACAGGCAUGGGAUCGCACAGCGAGGAGUGCCGGAAGAGGAUCGAGAACGAGCUGCGCAAGGAGGAAAUGGCCAGGGCAGCGGCGGAGGCCGCGCCCUCGUCGGCAGCGGCGGGGGCUGCGCCGACGCCGGCGGCGGCGGGAGCCGCGCCGGGGCCAGCGGCUGGAGCUGGAGACGGCAGGCCAGGAUCGUCCGGGGACGCCAGCAUGGCACCUCGCGACGACCAGGGCGAGGCGUCGGCGAAGAGGCCGCGCCAGACAGCGGCGAUCACAGUCGGGUCGCUCGCGGUCGGGGCCUUCGUGGAGAUCAACCCCUGCACGUACGAGGGCCUGGACCAGCAGUCCCACGAGGAGCUCGAGACGGUCACGGAAAUCGAGAGCUGCGAGCCGUUGGAGAUUGGGAUGUUCGAGGUCAGCCCCGUCGAGCCGUCGGCGAUCACGGUCCUGCCAGACACGGAGAAGCACGUGUACGACGCGAGGAGCGGGAAGGAGCUCCCCAGGGACCUGGUCAGGCGCGGGCGCGAGGCCGAGAUCGAGGAGAUGCGGCGACACGGCGUCUUCGAGGAGGUCCGCGUGGCCGAGAGCCGGGGCAAGGUGGUGCGUUUCAAGUGGGUCGAGGACCUGCGCACCAAGGACGGCACCCCCUUUGUCCGGUCCCGAGGCGUCGCCAUGGAGAUCAACACGUACGGCCGAGAGGACUGCAACGCGGGCACGCCGCCGAUCGCCAUCGUCAGGGCGAUCCGCAAGAUCAGGUGGACGGGCAAGGGGUUCGUCUGGAUCGGCGACACGAAGCACGUGACGAGGUGCGUGGAGCUGCUGGGCCUUACGGAGUGCAAGCCAGCGGACACGCCUGGGAGCAAGGCCACGGGCAAGAGCGUCCGGGAGGCGCUGGACCCACUUCCACACGACGAGGCGAAGCUCUACCAGCAAGUCGCGGGGCUCGUCAACUACGUGGCGGUAGACAGGCCAGACAUCCAGUUCGCGGUGAAGGUGAUCCUCACAGACAUGGGGAAGCCCACAGUCAUCAGCAUGCUUAGGCUGAGGCGGUGCGUGCGGUAUCUCCACGGUCGGCGCGAGCUCGGGUGGUUCUACGAGAAGCAGGAGAUGCCCAAGGAGGUUCUCUACGAGACGGAUUCGGACUGGGCAGAGGAUGAGAUCACGAGGAAAUCGACCAGCUCCGUAUACGGCUUCUUUGGCAGCCACCUUCUGGAGACCCAGGUGGCAUCGCAGCCCGUCGUCGCGCUCAGCAGCGGAGAGGCCGAGUUCUACGCCAUCGGCCGAGGCGCGGCGAGUGCGAUCAUGAUGCGGCAGUUCUACCAGCAGUGUGGCAUCGAGGUCGCGUCGAAGGUUCACAGCGACUCGAAUGCAGGCAGGGCGAUCGCGACACGGAUCGGCAGUGGUAAAGUACGGCAUCUACAGAUACGAGACCUGUGGGUGCAGGAACGAGUCAGGCUCGGCGAGUUACAGCUCGGGCGGGUCGACACGGAGAGCAACAGGAGCGACUUGGGGACCAAGCAUCUGGACGGCAAGCGGGUGCUCAAGUUGCUGGAGAUGUCCAACCUGCGGCUUCUGACCAAGGGGCUCGCCGCAGGUGUGGGCGUCACUUUCGCAGAGGCGGCCGAGCAUGGAGACAAGCAGUGCUCCGCAGCCGCCGACGACGAGGUCGAGUCGAACAUCGGCUCGAUCGUUCUCGCUAUGAUCAUGUUCAUCAUCGUGCUGGUGCUCGUGGUCAAGGGCGCAGUUGUGUGCACGAGAGGGGCGGUGCAGCUCUUCUCAUCGAGGGCGGCGAGUGCUGCCCCACCAGCGGGAGCGGCGAGGGCUGCCCCGCGGGCCGACGGCACGGCGAGGCCCGAGGCGGCGUCGAAGGACGCGCCUGAGGGGCAUGUCGUUUCUCGGGCAGCGGCUAUAGCUGCGCCUGAGCGGGUCGCCGAAGGGCGAGACCUCGGUACGGAGUACCUCGGGAAGAUGCUGGCUGAGGCCACCGUGGCAGAGCUCAAGGAGGAGCUCAGGUGGCGGAAGCUGCCAGUGGGCGGCUUGAAGGCGGACCUCAUCGUCCGUCUGACGAGGGACGGCGGCCAGCACAUGGCCAGCAGUGAGGGGCUGGCUGCAGCGGCAUGGGCCGCGCGGCUGGUUCCAGGCAGGAUGCCUAUCCGAGCGUUCCGCUCGGAUGCGAGUUUAGGCUCGCACCUAGGCGCGCGGAGCCACGGCGGGGACGCCCGCUUUGGCUUGAGCUUGAGCCUUCAGAAGGGAGGCUCGAGCCGCAGUACAGAGAAGAUGCAAGUGCCCGAGGUCGCCUCGGUGGCGCUCGGCGCGGCAUGCCAGAGGAAGGCAGACAGCAGGUCUCUGCGGCUCGUGGCCGGCGGGGCCGCGCCGAGGGCGACCCGCGUGCCGCAGGCGUGGCACAUUCUGAGCGGCGCGUCUCGGCAUGACGGCGGUGGCAUCCUCGACGUGGUUGGCGCAGGCGUGGCGCGGGCGCGGCGCGGCUGCGGCGCAGGGUUUGGGGGCCUCGCCCCUGUCGCCGCCGCCGCCGCUGCGGGCGUGCACGUCUCCACGCGGCCCUGGCCACGGCGGCUGCAGGGCCUCCUGCGGCUCGCGGCCGCGGGCGCCGCGCUCGCGCUGCUGCGCCGCGGCGCCGCCUUCGUCGGGGCGCCCCGAACCUGCCGGGGCGGCGCCGCGGGCGCGGCCUUGCCCCAGCUGGAGGCCGCCAGUGCCCCGCUGUUCCUCGCCCUCACGCCCUCGGGCGCCUCCGCGGCCUCGCUGCUGGAGAGCUACGGGAUCCCCAAGCCGCCGUGGGCCACGUGGCCGGUUUGGCUGCAGAUUGCCUUCCCGUUAUUCGUUGUGGUCGUGCUGGCCGGGGUUUUGCCGUUGGCCUUCGGCAGGGGAGCGUUCGGCAAGCCCAUCGGCGAGGAUAUGGACAAGUGGGUGAGCAGUCAAAAUACAACGGGGACGUUCAUCGACGAGGACAUGGCCCUGCUGAGGGAGAGGGAGGACAAGAAGCGGAGGAAGGCGCAGGUGGAGCAGCUGUUCCAGUGA